CGGGCGCCCCCUUCCCUCCCUCCUUCCCUGCGUCCCUCCCUUCCCUCCGCUUCCCGUCCCUGCCCCUUCCCCCAUGGCGGCGCUGGGCGACACGGCGCGCCUGGCGGCGGCGGCGCAACGCGGGGCGGCGGCGCUGUGAGGAGCCGCGCGGGGCCUGCGCGGCGCCGGGCGGCGGGCGGGCAUGGCGGGCCGCGGCCGCCGCGCCUGGCUCAGCGUCCUGCUGGGGCUGGUGCUGGGCUUCGUGCUCGCUUCGCGCCUCGUCCUGCCCCGCGCCUCCGAGCUGGCGGCGGCGGCGCGGCCCCGCCGAGCCCGCCCGCAGGGCUGCCGCCCGCCGCCCGCCGCCGCCCCGCCGCGCCGCCCCGGCCCGCCGGCACAGAGCUUCCUCUUCGUGGGGGUCAUGACGGCGCAGAAGUACCUGCGGAGCCGCGCCGUGGCCGCCCACCGAACAUGGUCCAAAACCAUUCCUGGCAAGGUUGAAUUCUUCUCCAGUGAGGGUUCAGACACCUCCAUUCCCAUCCCCGUCGUGCCGCUUCCCGGUGUAGAUGACUCUUACCCACCCCAGAAGAAAUCUUUCAUGAUGCUCAAAUACAUGCAUGACCACUACUUGGACAAAUACGAAUGGUUUAUGAGAGCUGAUGAUGACGUUUACAUCAAAGGGGACAAACUGGAGAACUUCCUCAGGAGUUUGAACAGCAGUGAGCCCCUCUUCCUUGGGCAGACUGGCCUCGGCACCACAGAGGAGAUGGGGAAGCUGGCUCUGGAACCGGGCGAGAACUUCUGCAUGGGAGGACCAGGAGUGAUCAUGAGCCGGGAAGUCCUGCGGAGAAUGGUGCCCCACAUUGGCGAGUGCCUGCGAGAGAUGUACACCACCCACGAGGACGUGGAAGUGGGAAGAUGCGUACGGAGGUUUGCGGGAGUGCAGUGUGUAUGGUCCUAUGAGAUGCAGCAGCUGUUUUAUGAAAAUUAUGAGCAGAACAAAAAAGGCUAUAUCCGAGACCUGAGGAACAGCAAAAUACACAGAGCUAUAACGCUUCACCCCAACAAGAACCCCCCGUACCAGUACAGACUUCACAGCUACAUGUUGAGCCGCAAGAUAGCAGAGCUGCGUCACCGGACUGUGCAGCUGCACCGGGAAAUUGUCCUGAUGAGCAAAUACAGCAAUACAGAAAUCCACAAAGACGACCUGCAGCUGGGGAUGCCACCCUCCUUCAUGCGAUUCCAGCCCCGCCACAGGGAAGAGAUCUUGGAGUGGGAGUUCCUUACAGGGAAGUAUUUGUAUUCGGGUGCUGACGGGCAGCCCCCGCGGAGAGGAAUGGACUCUUCUCAGCGUGAAGCGUUGGAUGACAUUGUUAUGCAGGUCAUGGAAAUGAUCAACGCCAACGCUAAGACCCGGGGGAGGAUCAUAGAUUUCAAGGAAAUACAGUAUGGCUAUCGCAGAGUAAAUCCGAUGUACGGAGCAGAGUAUGUUCUUGACUUGUUGCUUCUCUACAAAAAGCAUAAGGGGAAGAAGAUGACCGUCCCCGUCCGGAGGCACGCGUACUUGCAGCAGACGUUCAGCAAGAUCCAGUUUAUGGAGCACGAAGAGAUGGACGCCAAAGAGCUGGCCAGCAAAAUCAACCAGGAUUCUGGGUCCCUGUCUUUCCUCUCCAACUCGCUGAAGAUGUUUGUUCCCUUCCAGCUCAGCCGAUCAAAAGUAGAGAGGAAGGAACUCAAAGACAAGAAGAUCAACAUUCUGAUUCCUCUCUCCGGACGUUUUGACAUGUUCGCAAGGUUCAUGGGGAAUUUUGAAAAGACGUGCCUCAUUCCAAAUCAGAACGUCAAGCUGGUAGUCCUGCUUUUCAAUUCCAACUCCAACCCUGACAAAGUGAAGCAGAUCGAGCUGAUGAGAGAUUACCGCUCCAAAUACCCCAAGGCUGACAUGCAGGUUUUGCCGGUGUCGGGGGAGUUCUCGAGGGCACUGGCUCUGGAAGUCGGAUCUUCUCAGUUCCAGAACGAGUCUUUACUUUUCUUCUGUGAUGUUGACCUAGUGUUUACCACAGAAUUCCUCCAGCGGUGUAGAGCCAAUACAGUUCUGGGUCAACAAGUAUACUUCCCCAUCAUUUUUAGCCAGUACGAUCCAAAGAUUGUUUAUAGUGGAAAAGUUCCUAGUGACAAUCAUUUUGCCUUCACCCAGAAAACAGGUUUCUGGAGGAACUAUGGCUUUGGUAUUACCUGCAUUUACAAAGGUGAUCUUCUUCGAGCAGGUGGCUUUGAUGUCUCCAUCCAAGGUUGGGGCCUUGAAGACGUAGACCUAUUUAACAAAGUCAUUCAAGCUGGCUUAAAAACAUUCCGAAGCCAAGAAAUUGGAGUAGUCCAUGUGCAUCACCCUGUUUUUUGUGACCCUAAUCUUGAUCCAAAACAAUAUAAAAUGUGCUUGGGGUCCAAAGCUUCAACUUAUGGGUCCACACAACAGCUGGCUGAAAUAUGGUUUGAAAAAAAUGACCCAAAUUUUGGGAAAAGCAGCAAUACUAAUGGCUCAGUGAGGACAGCCUAAUGUCCAGCUAUGCUGGAAAAGACUUUUUUUUUAAUUAUCUAAUUUAUUUUUGGGAAAAUGUUUUUUGAUAAUUCACUUUUAAAAGACCACACAGGAUAUAUUUUAGAAAUCAUCAUUGUUUUCCUACAAAGUGCUCGUUUUGAGAAGAACAAGGCCGUUGGUUUUUUUGUUGUUGUUGUUGUCGUGUUUUUGGUUUUGAACAAAACUGUGAUCAAUAUUUGCCUUCAAACAAAAAAUAAUGGUUUAAGAGUUACCUGACCGAUCAGCGGAAGUCUGACUUGAAGUAGAUUUUCCUUACGAACAAAAGAUUGUUUCCUACCUUUUCCGUUGCCGUCUUCGUUGCUGGGAUUCUGUAAAUUGGGACCCGAGCGUGCAAGCCAAGCGACAAAACGGUGUAUCUAAAUGUUUUGUUGUGACUGCUACCGUGCAAAGAUCCUGCUUCUUUUGUUAAGGGUAGCCAUUAUUUUUAAAAUUGCGUUAGAACAAAACAAAUCGGUGUGGCGAUGGUAAGGGUAUUAAUCGCAGGAGGUGUUUUUUUUUUCCAGAUGGCUGAUUAUUUCCGUUUAAAAAUACACUUCCACCUAUUAUGGCCAGGCGACUUCAAGGGAGGGAAGAAAGUAAGCACAACCUGCUGUCCCUUUAGUCCUUGUAGAAAUUUUUCGGGUUUUAUAUUUGGUCCAUAUAUGGACGUAAUGUUUUAAGAAUCCGUGGUGGGUUCUGUGUGUUAUCCUCAACCGCUGUCCUGUCUAGAGCCGAGACGAUGCGAUCAAGAAAUGCCGAAGCGUAAUGAGGGAGGGGAAGAGGAUGGGAAACGCGAAUCUCUUGCAGCAAAGCGACAGUACGCAACGAACAAUUAGAGAUCCCUAACGAGAACUUUGAAAAAUCUUCUAUACCGCGUGUACUGCACCUGAUUGCAUUGAUUUUGUUCCGUUGGUUACAUGAUGUUAAUGGGAACAAUUAUUACAUUUGAUUACUAGUUUUGUUUUGGGAUUUUUUUUUUCUGUAUCUAAUAGACCGUUAAUUUAUUUAAUAUCCAUUGUUUUAGGUUCUUGACCUUUCCUUGAAUAUCUGUUAGUCAUUUUAAUAUUAUAUAUAUAUAUAUGUGUGUGUAAAUAUAUAUAUAUAUAUUAGGAAUGUAUUGCAUCUUCUCACUGAUAAGGUAGUGUACAUCAUACUUGCAGUAAAUGAUCUCCAAAGAUUACUUUCUAAAAUAUUUUUUUCUAUGGAUCUUCUUUUCCCAAAUUUCUUUAACAUUUUUGGAAUUACUUCAGUGAGCGUAGGAAUUCUUUUGGUAUUCAAAGAGGAACUGGGGAUGAGGCGGCCGAACACAAGGAAAGUGCGAUCCCUAGGAAUUAACACCUAGCAAGGUAAGAGAAAAAUACUCAAAGUGCCUUAAAGCCAGCAAGAGAGCCCUUUACACUGAGACUCAGACAGUGAACGGACAUUGUCACUGAAGCAGAUGAUCUGUUGGGACCUACCUACCUGUAAAUAUCUUGCUCAGCAGAAAUAAAAAAUACGAAACCAGCGAACAAUAUAUUUUUCUAUUGUACCCUCCAGCACCAUUUCGUCUCAUUGCUCUCAGUUCCGCUUUGCCUACUCUUUGGGAAGUGGAGACUAGUGAAGGAAUGGAGAAGAACCAGUGCUGAGGUUGUUGCCAUGUGUGAAGGGAUCUUAUGGAGUAAUUGCUAUUCCAGUAGAAGAAAUAACCAUUGUUUACACGUGUAUGGAAUAUGAGCUGCAACUAGUGUAGAGUCGAUGUCUUAUAAUGUUCAUCGUUUUUUGGUGACAGUCCCAAGGAUGUAGGUACUUGGAUGGAUUCAGUGCAUGGAAAAUCUUCUUCUUUUUUUUUUUUUUUUUUAAGACUUGCUUCUAAGAUGCAAUAAAGAUUUUUUAUUUGCAAUCGGA